AUGAGUGACUAUUUCCUCGAUCAAAAAAAAUACUUCUAUUUCAUUCUGCUGCACACGAACGCGACUCUUUGUGUAGGGACGCUCGUAACUAUAGCAACCGGGACAAUGCUCGCGGGAUAUCUCAAACAUGUUUGCGGGAUGUUCAGAAUCGCCAGUUAUCGUAUGGAGCAAGCAAUAAAUAUCAAUAUUGUGGAAGAUGUUAGUCCGGUGGAAGAGAUAAUGAUUUGUAAGAAAAUAAUUUAUGCUGUGGAUAUUCAUCGCAAAGCUAUGAGGUUCACUAAACUCGUUCUAUCCACAUUCGAGGGUAUGUUCCUUUUCCUAUUAGUGUUUGGUAUUUCUCAGAUCGUGACGUUUGGGGAUGAUAUUGAAGAAUUUAUAUUACGUAUCGCGUUCGUAGUUACCAUUCUUUUAUAUAUAUUCCUGAUGAACUAUGUCGCACAGGAAAUUAUGGAUUCUAAUGAGCACAUAUUUGUGACAGCAUACAAUAUCCGUUGGUACGUAGCUCCGUUGCACAUACAAAAGAUGAUCCUGUUUUUGUUGCAAAAGGGCACUAAGGCUUUCACAUUAAAUUUCGGUGGAUUGUUCGUGGCAUCUUUAGAAAGUGCCUCCACGUUGGCAAGUGCCUCUAUAUCUUAUUUCACCAUCCUUUAUUCCACGCGACAAUGA